UUUAAAACCCUACAGAGAUGGUUCGAUCGUUUCGAAAAUAGCGACUUUUCUUUGAUUGAAAAGGAAAGCUCAAAGUUGGAUUUGAAUGCACCAAAAGCCAGUGUUGCAUCGGAUCCGUUUAAAAUUACCCGUGAGCUUGCAAGCACGUUUGGGGUCUCUCAUAACUCCAUACCAGAUAUCAUGAAAUUGCUCGGCAUGAGAAAAAUUCUUGGUCGAUUCGUGCCUCAUUAUGUGACACGUUCCAACCUUGGCUGCCGAGUUGAUGUUUGGUUGGACCCGCUUAUUACUAGAAACGGGAAGUGGCUGUUGUGCGCUAACCACCACAUACAAGCCCAAUGGAUUGGAGAAGGACAAAGCCCACAUGAUGUUCCGAAACUCGGCCUUCACCCAAAAAAAAGUGUGCUCUUUGUUUGGUGGGAGUGGAUGGCCCCCGAGCUGUUACCUGAUGGUGAAACUAUUACCGGAGUGACCUACUCAAGACAACUAUGGAAUUUGAAGAAAUCAGUCGAUCGUUCAGCCUUACAGGAUAAGAAAGUAUAUUCCCAACAUUAGAACGCUGAACCACAUGUUGUAAAACAAGUGGUGCAGCAAGUGGCAAAAUAUGGAUGAGUGAUUCUACUUCAACCACCGAAUUCUCCUAACAUUGCUCUAAGUGAUUAUUAACUUAUCUCCGAUCUGACUCGUGUCCUUCAAGGUAGAGCCUUCAUAACAAGAGAAAAUUUCAAAACGGAGAUCAAUCAAUACUUUGAGUCCCUGCCCGCUGGAUUCUACAGGCUGGGGAUCCACAAGUUACCUCAACGCUGGUAGGACAUUGUUGAUCAUGAUGG